AUGUCAAACAAUAAUGGUCCUAAUCCUUUACCUCUUUUUAAUAACAACAAAUCACUUUAUGGAACACGAACUCAAAUAAAUCAAUCAUCAAAGAAAAUUUCACUUAUCGAAGAUAAAACAACACUUGAACCAGCACGUCCAACACCAUCAUCACCAAUAAUAUCUUCGACAAAUUUAAAUACAAAUAAUCAAAGAUCAGCAUCAAUUAGUAUAUCAACAUCAUCUGAAUUAUCACCUUCAAUAAUACAUAAAUACGUUCAAAUACAACGACAAGCAUUGGCUUCAUUUGAUCUUAAACAAAUGCAUGAACAUGUUAAUCAAGAAUUAGAUGAAUGGAAAAAAUCAAUGUAUGAUCGUAUAUUAUCAAUGAAAAAUCGUACAUUAGAAGAAAAUACUCAUUCAUAUGACCAAUUACGAACAUUACAAAGAGUUAUGAAACAAUUACUUGAAGAUAAAUUAAUAAAACAAUUAUUAUUUAUGAAAAAUAAUUCACAAUUAAUUAAUUCUGAAGAACUUGAUGAUAUCGAACAAAAGUUAAAAUACAUAAAAGAUGAAAUUGAUUUCAUGAAAAAAUUCGAUUCACAACUUGAUACUUCGAAUGUUCAAAUAACUGGUGAAUUACAAUUAAAUAAAACAACAGAUUUUAGUAAACAUCAACCAUUACCUCAUCCUUCACCUUCACCACCACCUCAAUCAGUAGUACCACCAAUACCUGAAACAAUUCCUAAAUCUCCUUCACCUAGUCCAGAUGAAUAUAAACCAACGCCACCAGUUUGGACAGAUGCAACACGACAAGGUCUUAAUGAUUUAUCUCGUUAUCUUCCAUUUCGUUUAUUAAUACCAAAUUAUGUUCGACAAGAAUUAAUAAAAAGUCUUGAUAUUGAACAAUUUCAUGAUGUAUUAAAACUUUCAUGUCAAUCAUCCAUUGAAUGUAUAUUAACAAUAAUAGAUCAAAAUGAUCUUGAUGCAUCUAUGGAUAUUUUAACAGAUUUAAUGGUUGCUUUUAAAUGUUCAUCAGAUCAAUAUGAAAUUCGAUUAUUAUUUCACAAAAAGUUUAUAUCAAUUAUAACUGGAAAACGUAAUGAACGUCUAGAACGUUUACGUGAUAAAUAUCAACUUGAUAUGGUUAAAGUUUUUCCACAAACAUGCCCACAAAGUGAUGAACGUGUUGUACUAUUACGUUGUCAACAUAGUGAAUAUAUUAUUUAUUGUAUUCGAGAAAUUAUUCAAAAUGUUCUUGAACAAGCUCAUUUUACUGAUGAAGACAGUAAUCAAUCAUAUCCAAUGUAUGAUCCAUCAGUAAAUUAUGAUGAAUCAUGUGCUCAUGAAUAUGGUGCUUAUAAACCAAAUGAUACUUGUGAAAUAACUUUAAAUAGUAAUAUUACUGCUUCACUUGAAGAUUUAAGUGAAUCAAAACAACGAUCAACUAUUUCAAUAAAUUCAUCAUCAUCAUCAUCAUUAUCAAAAAAUCGUUAUAAUUAUGAAGAUGCACCAUUAAAUUAUGAUGAUACAGAAACAGAAUCUGAUGAUAAUGAUGAUGAUUUUCAACGUUCAAAAUCAUCUGAUGAUAAACGAAUAUUUGUUAAAGAAUUAAAUUAUGUUAAAGGGCGACAAGUUGGUUUAUUAAUUGGUCCAUUUGGGCAACAUAUAACACAAAUUCGUGAACAAACCGGUGCAAAAAUUCAUUUAACAAAUGAUGAUAAUGAACCAUCUGUGAUUAAAGGAACGAAAAGGCAAAUCAAAGAAGCACUUCGUUUAAUUAAAGAAUGUUUACAGACACAAAAACCAAUUCCACGAACAGCUUACAAAGGUGGUCGACGUCGUUAA